AUGACUCAUACCAUGAAACAGACAAGGAAGCGUGUUGAUACUCAAAAGAAGAACGGUCUUAUGCAACGCGGUCAACAAAAGAUCAAAUUAACGAUAAAUAAACCGCGAGGAUGUUUGCCACCAUUACCGCUUCCUUAUCCUCCAGAAAUUGACCUACAAAAAAUGGUGGCAAAACUUGCUUCUAAACCAAAGCUGGCACGAUUUCCUAAUGCUUUUAUAAUGUACAGAAAUGAAUAUGUUCAUUAUCUUAAAUCGAAAGACCUUCAUCUUUCCAUGACUGAAUUAUCUCCCAUGAUUGCGGCUUCUUGGAAACAAGAACCUGAAUAUGUUAAAGAUGCAUAUACUCAACUUUCAAGUGAAGCGGAAAAAUUGUAUGUGCGUGUAGCAGCAAACGCGCAACCCGAAAUAAAAUACAAAUUUCCGUCUCAACAACGCCAUCCAACAUUUAAUGAUUUUUCUUCUCAAGAUACAAAUAUUAUGACAACUCCAAGAAAAAAUAAUGAUAUCACAAGAACUUUAAUUAAUAAUAAUUUCACCAAAUAUGAAGACAUUGUCUCAGAAUAUAAUAGAUUAUUGGAAUCACCAUCACCAACAUUUUUAGAAUUAAAAGGAUUUCCUAGAACAACAACAUUAUCAUCAUCAUCCAUUACAAGAUCAAGGAAUUCUUUAGAGGAAACAUCAUACUUUCCAUGGCCUUCUAAAUUUAAUAAUAAUGAAUCAUCUUCACUUAGAGAUACAAUUCAACAAUCUCAUAUUUCUUCAACAUCAAAUAUUAUAACAUGUGAAGAUUUAGGGAUUACAUUUCCGGAAUCAUCAAUUAUUGGACAAUUACCUCCUUCACCUGCUUUAGAUACCCCUUGUUCCGAGAACGCGUUGUCAUUUUCACCAACUUGCCCAAAUUGUAUCAGGAGACAUUUUUAUGAUCAUCAACCUUUUUCAUUCUCUCCUGCAUUAGAAAAUCAAGAUACUUCAACAAUUCAUCAUUCAACAAAUUUUUACCCUCCUUCACCUGUUUCACCAGUUCAACCUUUUACUGAUGAGUCUUCACAGUCUCCAAAUUUUGGUGGUGAAUUUGAAGUUUCGGAUAUUACCAAUGAUUUAUAUUAUGUUAUUGACCCUUCCUUAUCCUCAGGUCCAUAUACGAUUCCAACUUCUAGUAGAUGA